ACCUAACGAACAUGCGCAAAGUCUGAACCUAAUUAGAAGCCGUCGAGACGAUCGCCCUCUUAUCAAUUUACACGGAUCCGGCUAUGUGUUACAACGUAAGAAGCAAGCACAUUUAAAGUGUAAAUGUGGUAAUAUUUUUGAAAUACCACUUUCCUCACUAGAGUUACACUUUGAUCCAAGCCAGGUGAUUUGUAGAAGCCUUCCUUCACCAAAUUGCUAUAUAUGUAUUUCCUUACAAGAGCGACACAUUGGCAUCCCUUUACUCAAGACUAACACGCACAAUAGUAAUAAAAACUAUGUGACAAACACUACCAGGCCUGUUUGCUUUCCACAUGAUACGACCACUAGUCUUAUUCGUAGACAACUUACACACUACGUUCGUUCUCAACUUAACGCGAUACCUAUACCAAAGCUUACUAUCUUUAGUAAGUCUCCUCUUUUGCAAUCACAUCUACCGUAGCACAAAAUGACGACUUUCCGAUAUAUUGAUGACUACCUUACAGUCAAAACGACACCAACUGCGCAACUAGAUCAACAAGAGCAACCAAUAGUAGAGAAGUCAGCUGAUGGGAGUGAGAUCAUGAUCACACUUCCAAAACGCCAUAAAUAUCACAGCCUAACGGACCUGAUCAACAUGCAGCAACAUCUUGAGAACAUCAGUGGAAACCAUCAUGGCCUUUCCUUCAACAUCUUAAAAAGUGGACAACUUAUUACCACCCAGGAGGCUCUUCAAGAUGCUACACUACUACAGCGACCUACCUCUCCGGCAAGCAGCGGAAAAUCUACACAACAGAAAGAGUUUUCCAACAUCCACGACUACAAGAAUAGUACAAAGGUGAAGCGUCAACGUCAGAACUCGAAGAUUCAUUAUCACAGUUACGAAACAGAGGAUGAAGGAUGGCGCA